CUUGAAGCACACAGCAUGGGGCAGACGGAAUCGACGCUGGCUGCGCCGACGCGGGCAGCGACCAAGGCGGAACCGGCGGCUGACAUGGGCGCGCCCAUCGAGGACAUGUCCUUGUCGAGCGCGAUCUUGUUUGCGCGCAAGUUCACGCAGCGCCACCCGCUCUUUGCGUGGCGCCCGGACGAGCACGUCCUGCGCCGUAUCGGGUCGCGGGCGCUCAAGCACUCGUUCCUGGUCGACUUUACCGACCUCUCGGGCGCGGCCAACGCAUGUGUGCUUCUCUCGCUCGUGCCCACGCAGGCGAGUCUCUUGUGCCACCAGUCGGCUGGGCUCACAACGUACAAGCUCAAGUCGCUCCUCGUGGCGCUCAAGCACCCAUACCUGCUGCCGACACUCGACGUGCAUUACGCCAACGAGAAAGGGUCGUCCACCGAGGUCAUGCAGCGGCCGGGCAUUCUGGUCGCCCAGCCUUUUGUGUCGACGGGUAGCCUCAAGGACCUCGUGUUCCAGCGGGCCGACCCGCGCAGAGCGUACGAAGAAAAGUACGCCCCACGACACACGGGCGCCGGGCUUGCACGGCCGCAAGUCGCGCGCUACGGACGACAGAUUCUGCUUGGCCUCGACGCGCUGCGGCAAAAGGGCAUUAUCUGCGAGCAUCUGAAGCUUUCCAACAUCAUCCUCGACAACAACGUCGCCCGCAUUGCAGACAUCUACAACACGGUGCUCGGCCUCGAGCGCGACGCGACUUGGCGGGCGUGGACGGUGCCGCUCGAAGGCGACGUCGAUGUCGAUCUGCUCCUCUUCGGCCACUGCCUCUACGAGAUGGCGUGCGGCCAAGCGCUCGCAGCGACCGCGCCGACCGUAGACGAUUUACUCGAGCUCCCGAUCGAGAUUGCCGACGUGCUCCGCGUCAUCUUCCACGGCGAAGGCCCCGACGUGACGGUACACGCCUUGCUGAGCUUGCCUCUGUUCGCUUCGAGUAGUCUGAACGAUACGCCGUUGCCGCCGCUGCGCUUGGACAGCCAUAUGAAGGCCCUUCUCAAAGCUAGCAUGCGCAUCAACCAGGCACGGCGCCACGCCUACCGCGUCCAGUACGAAGACGCAAUGGCGCUCGAGGAGGCGCGCCGGUCAGCCGAAGCCAGCCACGACGAGAAGCGCAAGGGGCAUCAGUUGCGCUCACGGGCUCUGAGCAAGUCCAUGCGUCGAUCGCAGUACCGUGCGAGCAGCGCGUCCCUCAAAUACGCUCGCACGAGCUUGGACGACGACAACGACGAUGCUGUGGCGCCCUGACUACACUAUCGAGCACUAGUAUGUAUCCAGUCGUCGACUAAAAAUCCGACUGUGUCUCUGUG